AAGCUUCGGUCCAAGCAACCUCGAGCAAAAGCUCUCCUGUUCACUGUCAGCUGGUUUUGACAGCCGUUUGUUUACAUACAGACACGCAUUGCCAGCACGUCGAAGGGAUGAUCGUGCGUAGCAAAAUGUUAAUUAGUUAAAAAUAAUCCAAAAAACCAGUGCCGAUGACGAAGGAAGGAAGUUUAACUGUAAAAUCGUACUACAAGUGCAAUUACAUCACCACGGCUGGCCUCCACCACGGUUGCUGCUCGGCCGGCUCCCCUACAGGCGACUGCACUCUCCCGGUGUCAUCGGUGCCGAACAUUGUUCCCGAGUUGCUUUUUUCUGCUCUCGCCUCGCCUUGCCCUUAAACGGUAGACAGGAUCAACGUCGACAUCAACGUCAAACUACAACUACACGAAAACGUGUGCCAAACCGAAGACACCAAAAACCGACAUCGUUAACGUUCGUACUAGCUGCUGUGUGCGACAGUGCCUGAACCAGUGACGCAGUCAUCAAAAUUGUCCUAAAUAUUUCGGACUUUGGACUGCUCUAACUCGUAAACAGUAAGACGAAGAGGCAUGUUGGGGAUAGAAACGCUCCUAGGAGCGUAGAAAAACCGUUUAAAACGUGACUUCAAUUUUAAAGUUCGUUUUUGUGCUUCCAAAUGAGCACACACCAUUAGAAUUGGUAGAUAAAGCCAGUUGUGCACAUUUGCUCGGUUCCCAAAAAAUCGCAAACACAGCCGAACAACGCAAAAGGGGGAAUUUGCUUCGUUUUUCCUUUUGCAACGCGCAAACAUUUUACGCAACCACGAUCGUGCGGGGAGCGCCCGCGUCGACCUGCGCGAAUGAUUUUUUUGCCAGUACGGUUUUCCCCCAAUUUUCCCUUGCACACAGACACACAUACACACGAUCGGGAAAGAGAACAUCCCGGACGCUAUUAAUGAAACAAAAGCCGGGAGAUUUGGUGGGCAAUUUUGUGCGAUUUUGCUCUCCCGUUUGGCCGUUUGCGCUGCGCUGCGCUGUGUGGUGGUAACAGUUUUGCAUCACCGUUCAACCGGCGUGAACGUUCGUUGCCGGUAUUUUGAGAGUGUGGAAAAUAGCGCAUAGCAGUGCAUUUCAGCAUUUCUCACCGCAUCAUAGCAAGCGCGGCGAGUUUUAUCGGGGAGUUUUCCUCCUUUUGGUUAAAAUUUCAACGGUUAUCAUCAAGCUGCGUGUGUGUGUGCGUGUGCGUACCGUGCAAAAGCAUAUGUUUUGAUACGGCAACCGGUGGGGAGCGGUGGGUGUUUAUACAGCUGGCAAAGUGCAAUUUAAUCAUCCCUUCCCAUCCCCCCCCUGUGAGUGUGUAAUCGAAGGUUCGUAUUUUUCUGUUACGAGCCGGUCCCAUCAGGGCAAGUAAGGCAGAAAGCGGAGAAGGUGGUGGCGAAGUGGUGCAACGGACGGCAGCACAACAUAACCAAGGAGCGGAGGGGGUUCGAGCACACGAACGCAUCGCCAUCGUCAUCGUCGUCGUCGUCGUGUCAGCAUCGUCGGAGGAAGUUGUGCGAAUUCAGCGGCCGAACCGUACGCAGGCAUGUACUGGUCCGUCAAGCGGCGCGCUUUAAAAAGGUGAUUACGAAUGUGUUUGAUCGGCGUUUGGAGUUUGAAGUUUUAGUGUUGAGUGUUGAUUUUCCCUUGCUUCCUCCACACAUUCCAAAGUGUGUGUGCAAAAUCCCAAAAUUAAUCAGCAAACGGAGCAAUAACUAUAUGACGCUGUAGGAAUUGUUAACGACACCAUCAUCCCUUCACCAAAAAAGGGCGUCUCCAUGACGACGCACUGGAUGGUUGCGCGUUGUAAGUGUGUUUGUGUGUGCGCUCGUGUGUGAGUAAAUUUUACGCAUCGGGAAACCGGCUCAGGAACCGUGAAUUUGUAUGCGCUCGUGACAAACACUGCCAACAGAGACCAACAACAAGUGUGUUUACAUUCGCUCGCCACUGACAGCACCGCUGGGCUGGUGUUAUUGCGCUAUCGGAAACAGUAUUUGGCGAAAUAAGGGGCCGCGGCUUGUGACCACCGCCAAAUAAGUGUCGGGAGUGUUCGCGACAUACAAAAUCCCGAUCGCCGACGCGAUUCUAUUCGCGUAUCAAGUUCGAUUCGAUUGCAGACGGCAAAGUGAACCAGUCUCGAGCAGGCCGCAGCUCAGUUUCUCUUUGUGUGGUGUACAAAGGGGUGUGCCACUGUGUGUGUUUCCUGCUUCCGGUUUUUAUGCACAAACAGAUAGAAGAUUCUUGGAAGAAAGUGUGUCAGUGUGGGUGUGUAUGUAGAUGAUUCACGAUCCCACCCACCCAUCAUCAGCUGGAACCGUUCGUGUGUGCGGAGUGAACAGAGUCACAUUGAAGUGUCCCCUUGCCUGGUGCUUGGCGUGUGUGUGUGUGAGCUUGUGUGUGCCGUGUGACGAUCCUGUGCUUUUUCUCAACCCCAUAUUAAGCUAUCCCCCCAAUCCUAACACACCCCCUUGCAGGGGAAUCCUUGCUGUGACAGAGGAUCGCACCUUUUCCACCUUAAACUUUAAAGGAACGCGGCGGGAAAUAAUACCUCACCAGCACAGGAUGGCCAUGUUCGAUCUCGAUCGUCUCAUAACCGAUCUCUUCAAGACGACCGUCCUGCCCGGGAUAGCGAUCGGGCUGUGGUUGACCGAUUUAAUCGGUCGAUGUACGUGUGCAGUUGCGGUGCUGCUAUUUCUCGUCGGGUUCGUCAUACUACCGAUCAUCUUCAAGUAUUCGUACGCACUCCAGAAAAGCAUCCUCUUUCUCACCUUCAUAACCUAUCCACCGAACCUGGACCUGAAGCGGCCGGAAAAGAGUGGCCUGUACGCGACGAGAAACUUCUACGUCAACCAUCACGACCACGAGGAGGACCUCGAGGUGAACGUUGCCGUGUGGCACGUGCUGCCGCUCGAUUUGGUGCGCCGCUAUGCAAAGGAACUGCACGUCGACGAGCGAACGAUAGCAAACAAAACGCUACCAACGAUCGAUGGCGUUACGAGCAACGGUGGUAGCAUCGUUGCCGAUGAAAAACAUCACGCCGGUGAUCGUUACAAAGGGAUCGAAAAAGUGCUGCGCUCGGACGGGUUUAAGCUAACCGAUGAGAAACACCAGCGCGACCUGUUCGAGGAGACGCUGCGGGCCACGACGAACGAUGUGGUGCUGUACCUGCACGGAAAUACGGCAUCGCGCGGCGCUCCGCACCGGGUCGAGCUGUACCAGAUGCUACGGGCGCUGAACUACCACGUGAUAGCGAUCGACUACCGUGGGUACGGUGAUUCGGCCAACCUGUCCCCGUCCGAGCUGGGCGUCGUGUACGAUGCGCUGGCCGUGUAUCAGUACAUCACGAGCAUCACCAACAAUCCGGUCUACCUGUGGGGCCAUUCGCUCGGCACGGGCGUUUCCACGCAUCUGCUGUCGCUGCUGACCGAGAUGAGCCUGCCCGGGCCGAAAGCGGUCGUACUGGAGAGUCCGUUUAACAACAUCAAGGAAGAGAUAUGUGCCCAUCCAUUUUCAAAGUUAUACCGUCACCUGCCAUGGUUCGACUACCUGAUCUCCAGACCAAUGUACAAGAAUAAGCUGCGCUUCGAGUCCGACCAGCAUAUUGCCGAGUUCCGUCAGCCGGUGCUGAUACUGCACGCGGAGGACGAUCUCGUGGUGCCAUUUGAAUUAGGCUAUAAGCUUUACCGCAAAGCGCUAGACACGCGGGGCAAAUCGUGGGGCCCGAUCGAGUUCCAUCGGUUCGAGCAGAGCAGCCACUACGGCCACAAGUACAUCUGCCGGGCGCCGAAUCUGCCCGAGAUAUUGUGCGCUUUUUCCACGCGUACCGCGACGCACAAUACUGAGUCCGUAGUUAAGUGGACUGAGUGAAAAGGAAGGAAAUGCUUUCGCAAGGUGUUUAUGCUGUGUACCGUGUAGUGGCGCGUACCGCAGUUGACCAAAUGUUGCAACACAUCGUUCGAAUUUAGCCAGUGUCAGGGUUUAUUAUGUACAUGGAGAAAUGUUCGAUUUCCCCCCCGCGGAAAGUAAUUAGAUAUAACGGCGUGUAUUUCGGUCGAUUUAGCUUACGAGUGUCUACAUGAGAGAUUCGUUUUUAGAUGAACUAUUUCGUAGAAGUAAUCCCUCUGAACAAUAAAUGAACUAAAUAAGGAAAAAAAAACGUUUCCUUCAACUAAC